UGAAUGUGCUGAGAUUUUGUACAGACCUCUCAUCAGGGACACCCUGCAAAUCAUCGAAUACCUAUAGUAACCAAACUCUUCUCGAAGUGUCACAAAUCCUGUCAACGAAUUUCACAUCAAAAUUAAUGUAGAGAUAAUAAUAAUAAUCAGCUAGAAACAGCAUGAAAUCUCAGUGAAAUAACAAUGUCGUUCAUUUUCUUCCGGAAGCGUUGCAAACGCGUGAAACCGUCCGACUAUUGCAAUAAAUCCAAACAGAAGAAAACACGAUCAUCAAGAUCAAGAAGUUCGAAAUCGCAAAAGUGUUCCUCUAGAAGCACCAAGAAGAAGAGAUGCGCGAGGCCUGGUCGAGUGACGAACAACCCCUUCCUCAAUUUUCUCAGGGAAUUCCGGAAAAAGCACUGCGGUUGGUCCAUAACCAAGGUGGCAGUCGAAGGAGCCAAGGCUUGGUGCGCCAUGGACCCGAAGAGCAAGGAGAAAUACUACCGCGAGGCUUGCGGCCAGAUGGGGAAGAAGAGGAACAAAAGCAAGUCGCGGCGGAUCAAAGUCAGAUCAGGGCGGGGUAAAGUCAGGUCAGGGCGGGGUAAAUGCAGGUCAGGGCGGAGUAAGGUUAGAUCCAGGCGGAGUAGAGGCAGGUCAUGCGCACCGUGUGGCACAAAAAGGAAGGGUAGAUCCUCUAGACGAAGUGGAAUGAAAAGGAGUAAAUCGUCUAAAAGUAGUAAAGGUGGAUGUCCGUGAAGGUUUAAUAUCAAAAUCUAGUGGUGUCAAAGUAAAUCUGUUGUGUAUCAGGGGAUAUUGAAAUAAACUUCUGCAUUAUUGAAGGAAAUGUUGCUUCAUUGAGUUAUAUUGCUGCACAGAUAGAUCCAUAUUAUUUACUCAAUGUCCCAGCAUCACAGUUUAUUUCAGAAGAUACAAAUUCAUAUGUUUUAUAUGAUUCGAUGUAAACUCGUAUUCACUCGUUACAGUUAGCGAAAAAUCUACUAAACUUGACCGAGAUUUCUAAAAUUUUCCAUCUGCUACAAAAACGCUGAUAUACCGAUAUCGGGAAACAUUUAGAGAAAUUAAUAUACAUGAUGGGUUCUUACUGGUCCAUCGGAUAUUAUCUUCAGAGGGGGCGAAAUAUUGUCGGAACUAUUGAUGACAAGGCAAAGAGGACUAACCUACUAUUCUUUGGCCAAGGCUCAAUGGUGUUUCAUGCCUUUAUGGGCCCGAAGAGCAAGAAGAAAUUAUACCGCGCGAGGCUAGCUGCCAUCACAUGAGGAAGAAGAGGGGCAAAAGCAAGUCUUGGCAUAGCAAAGUCAGAUCAAAGCGGGGUGAAGUCAGGUCAGGACGAAAUAAAGGCAGGUCAUGAGCCCCGUACCCCGUACGACAUUAUGGACGUUCUGGAAGGGAGAGGAGUAAAUCGCUUCCAAGUAAGGGUGGAAGUAUUCGAAAGUUUUUUAUCAAAAUGGAAAGGAUGUCGAAUUAAAUUGCUGCAUUAUCAAA